AUGAAAUACCGGGUCCCCAACAUAUACGGUGGGGUGGGGAAAUGUGGAGGAAACAUUUUUUUUCUUCUAAACACUUCUUUCGAAACGGAUUUUAGAAGAACUUUCUAUGUAUCGAACAUUUCGCAUCUGGAGAUUUUAUUGUUAUAUCUAUCUUUAUUCAUAUUUUCAUCUAUCUAUCUAUCUAUCUACCUAUCUAAUUCAAUUCACAUAUAUAUCGCAUAUCUAUCUAUCACAUCUAUCUAUCUAUCUAUCUAUCUAUCUCAUCAUCUAUCUAUCUAUCUAUCAUUCAAUUCAAUUCACAUAUAUAUCAGUUCAUCUAUCAUCUAUCCAUAUUUAUCUAUCCAUCUAUCUCAUUCAAUUCACAUAUCGCAUUCAAUUCAUUUUAGUCAUUAUCUAUCUAUCUUAAUAUCUAUCUAUCUAUCUAUCUAUCUAUCUAUCUAUCUAUCUAUCUAUCUAUCUAUCAUUCAAUUCACAUAUAUCGCAUUCAGUUCACUAUCUAUCUAUCUAUCUAUCUAUCUAUCUAUCUAUCUAUCUAUCUAUCUCAUUCAAUUCACAUAUAUCGCAUUCAGUUCACUAUCUAUCUAUCUAUCUAUCUAUCUAUCUAUCUAUCUUUUCACAUAUAUCGCAUUCAAUUCAUAUUUAACUCAUCUGAUCAUUAUCAUUCAUUCAUCUAUCUAUCUAUCUAUCUAUCUAUCUAUCUAUCUAUCUAUCUUAAGAUUCAUAUCUAUUGGAUUUAAUUUAUAUCUAAAUUUGUUCACUAUCUAUCUAUCUAUCUAUCUAUCUAUCUAUCUAUCUAUCUAUCUCAUACAAUUAAUAUCUAUCUAUCUAUCUAUCUAUCUAUCUAUCUAUCUAUCUAUCUAUCUAUCUAUCUAUCUCAUUCAAUUCACAUAUAUCGCAUUCAAUCCAUAUUUAGCUCAGUCUGAUCAUUAUCUAUCUAUCUAUCUAUCUAUCUAUCUAUCUAUCUAUCUAUCAAUCUAUCUUCCUAAAUAA